CUCGAUCCCACGAAGCUAUACAUGCGAGUCUAUUACCUCCUCACCCUAAUCCGCCCUCUGCGGAUCGAAAGUUGGACCAAGAGGGAACUCGACGAAAGGCACUUUUGCGACCCCAAGUUCUGGGUCGAUCCUGCCCACCUCCAAACACUGUUGGAGAAGGUGACCCUGACCGGCCGUGCCAUCAUCUCGGGCACAGGUGGCAUGGGCAAGUAGGUGCUGGCCCGCCAGUUCGUCCGCUACAUGAUGGAUGACCUCACCGUGAGCAACGCCGCCGACUUGCAGGCCAUGAGGAACGAGACCGUCACCGCCAAUGCACAAUAUUCCGAUGUCUUCUGGGUCAACUGCUCGACCGAGACGACAGCCCUCGAAGACCUGGGCCGCAUUUUUCCUGGCAUCAAGCCCAACAAGCUCAGAGAACAUGCUGCAGAAACAUUCAGCAGUUUGCCUGGCUAUCUCCUGAUCAUCGACAAUGUCGACGACAUCAGCGUAGUCGACUUUAUUUUUGACUACAACAAGCAGAAGGGAUUCAGGGGCGACGUUGUUCUUGCAACUCGCCUGGCCUCGCUGCCCCUUGGCUCAUUCCUCAAGUCGUUCAAGGCCAAAAUCACUGGAUACAAGCACGAUCCACUCCGUCUCGGUGGCUGGGAUGGCUCCACCGCGCGCAAGUACAUCACAUCGUCUUCGCCACUGAUCGGCAACAAGCUUGCUUCGGACGAGGCCAAAAAGUCUCUCGACAACAUCGUCUCCAAGGCCAACGGGUGUCCUCUUGUCAUCGAGAUAGUCGCGGCGUAUCUCGAGAGCCACGACACUGCUCUCUCGGUACUCGGGGAGGCGUUUGCAAAGGCCCAGCAAGAUCAGAGUGAGGACGACAAAGUCCGGCUGUCGCUCGAGACGGUUGUAGAUCUGUCCCUUGACUCGCUGAUGAAGCGCGGAAUCGAAGGAGUCGAGGCAAUCCGGCUGUUUGGCGCUCUCAGUCUGGUGGCGCCGACGGACAUUCAGCUCAACCUCAUUCAGACGAUCGCUCAAAAGCUGGAGCUCAAGACUGAUGCCGCCCGCCUGAUCGACCUGGUCACCCAGAGCGGUCUUUUGCGAAUCGAAGCCAAGAGUCGGUAUUCAACCCACUCUCUUACCCAGCAAAUCGCUCGGGAAUACAUCAAGACGCACAACGAGCUGGGAGCCGAGUCUAUCGAAGACCUUACCGGUGAAGCGCUGCUGCUGCUCACGGAAUCGCUCGGUUUGGAGACCCUCCAGUACUUUGAACACUUGGAGCAGCUCGCCAUCAAGGUUGUCCCGGAUCGAUACACCAAGGAGACGCACGUCUUCUUGGAGAGCCGAGUCGGAGAGCUCGCCCAGAAGAAUGGAUCCUUGCGGGUGGCGAUUCAGACCCUCGAGAGCAACCUCAAGCGGACGAUCGAGUUCCGUGGCACCGAGCAGCACAUUGAUAUCAUCCACAUCCUGAGUUUCCUGGCCGAUGCCCGAGGUCAGAUAGAGAACCUUGAUGGCGCCGAGGAGGCCUUCAAUCGAGCUGUGGCGAUGGCAGAUGCAACAGAUGGGCUCGGCGACGAUCUGCAAACCGCGCUCACCCUCAGACACUUGGGCUCGGUGGCCUUCCAACGGGGCAAGCACGACAAAGCCGCGGAGCUGCUCCAGCAGGCUCUCGAUCGGCAGAUCAAGAUCCGUGGCUCCAGGGCGCAUCCAGACGUUGCUGAUACCCUCGAUUGCAUCGGAAACGUCAAGAAAGAUCAGGGAAAGUGCGACGAGGCCGAGAAGCUGCAUCGAGAGGCCGUGGACAUCAGAGCUAAAUCGCUCGACACGCUCGACCAUCCCGAAGCCGCCCCGGCCCCCGGCGCUGCCUUGUCGAAAGGCGACUACGAUGCCAUGUCCAAUUACUUCCAAAAGUCGCUCGAGCUCCAAAAGGAUUUGCACCCCUCGCCACACCAUCCUUCGAUCGCCACCUCCCUCGAGUUCCUUGACAAGAUAACCAAAUCGCAAGGACGGUAUAAAGAUGCGCCCAACCUUUACAAACGGACUGAGGACAUUGGCGGAGCAGUCCGCGACCCGCACGAGAACAUUGAUGUCGCCACCAUUGCCACCCGUCUUGGUCAGGUUGCCAGCGCACAGAAGGACUUUAACGCCGCCGAAAGGUACUAUCAAGAGGCUGUGGACAUCAGAGCCAAGUCAUAUGGCACGCGUGUCCAUCCCGAAGUCGCCACCGCCAUCGACAAGCUCGGGGACGCCGCCUUGUCGAAAGGCGACUACGAGGCCGCCGUCAAGUACUUCCAAGAGUCGCUCGAUAUCAAAACCCAAGUCUACGACUCGCACGAGCACGGCGAGAUCCGAGUAGCUCUCCAGCAUCUUUCCCAGGCAGCCGCGUCUUUGGGUGACUACGAGACCGUGCUCAAAUGCAACAAAGAGUUGGCUGACCGUGAAGGAAAGAUCAACGAUUCAAAGAAGAGCCCCUUGAUCGCUGUGGUGCCCGUUGCGGUACAAGCGAGCGCCAUCGAGUCGGACGACCAGGACACCAACGUGAAGGAUCUCCAAGAGAUGCUCAAGAACGAAAUCAAGAUCCACGGGACGAAAUGGCACAAAUCGGUCGCCCAGAUCAACAUCAGGCUGGGAAACGCCUCUUAUCACCAAGGACAGUACGAGGCCGCUCACCAGUACUUCCAGGAGGCGCUCAACAUCGUGACCAGGAUAACCGGGCGAGAAGAUCAUCCUGACACCAAUGAGAUUCUCGCGAAAAUAUCUUUGGUGAACGAAAUGCUACCGUCUGACGAGUGGGAGGACGACGAAGAACAGCCGGCUCGUUAAGCACCGACUGGGACACUGGUCA